UUUGCGAAAUAGAAGCGUAUCAAUCAAUCCGUAGCCGUCGUUGGAUUCAACAGCGGAAGAAUAGCGGGCGACGCUGUUCUCCGGCGGGUCUUGUCUAUUUCAUUGUUCCAUAUACACAUAUUAUAUAUAUAUAUAUUCGGAUCAGAAUCGGAAAAGAGAGAGAGAGAGAGAGGAGAAGGGGCUGGGGGAGAAAAGGAAGAGGACGACAUCGAUUGAUCGCACUCUUUGAAACGCCUCGUUAAAUAUAUAAAUCAGAUCAAUUUAGCUCAACGAGGUGUCCAGUGCCUUCUACACUUGGUUUUGUUUCGAUUUCUGGUUUCAAUCAAGGGUUUGUAGACUUGCGCGGAGAGAGAGAGUGGGGGGGAUUUUGAAGAGUGCAACCGAGAGGAGAUGGAACAUGUGAUGAGCAAGAUUCGGAACUUCGACGCCUACCCUAAGAUUAAUGAGGAUUUCUAUAGCAGGACCCUCUCCGGCGGCGUCAUCACUCUCGCAUCCUCCAUUCUCAUGCUCCUCUUGUUCCUCUCUGAACUCAGAUUAUAUCUCCAUGCUGUUACUGAAACGCAGCUAGUAGUAGAUACCUCAAGGGGAGAAACAUUACGCAUCAAUUUCGAUGUCACUUUUCCAGCCCUUCAAUGUUCAAUUCUCAGCCUCGAUGCCAUGGAUAUCAGCGGGGAGCAACAUCUUGACGUGAAACAUGACAUUUUCAAGAAAAGAAUUGAUGCCCAUGGCAAUGUAAUAGAAUCAAAACAGGAUGGUAUUGGUGCUCCCAAGAUUGACAAACCUCUGCAAAGACAUGGUGGGAGGCUUGAACACAAUGAGACAUACUGUGGUUCAUGCUAUGGUGCAGAAGCGUCAGAUGAUGAUUGCUGUAAUUCUUGUGAAGAAGUUCGUGAAGCAUAUCAAAAGAAAGGUUGGGGACUAUCAAAUCCUGAUUUGAUUGACCAGUGCAAAAGAGAAGGAUUUCUUGACAAGAUCAAAGCUGAAGAAGGUGAAGGAUGUAAUGUAUAUGGGUUCUUGGAGGUUAAUAAGGUGGCUGGAAAUUUCCAUUUUGCACCUGGCAAAAGUUUUCAUCAAUCAGGUGUCCACGUGCAUGAUCUGCUAGCUUUUCAGAUGGAUAGUUUUAAUUUAAGUCACACUAUCAAUAGGUUAGCUUUUGGAGACUAUUUCCCUGGCGUUGUGAAUCCUCUUGAUGGUGUGCGUUGGACACAACAGUCUCCAAGUGGGAUGUAUCAAUAUUUUAUCAAGGUGGUACCUACUGUGUACACAGAUGUCAACGGACACACUAUCCAGUCAAAUCAGUUCUCUGUAACAGAACAUUUUAAGGGUGCACGAAUUGGCCAGCUUCAGUCCCUUCCAGGAAUUUUCUUCUUUUAUGACCUUUCUCCUAUCAAGGUGACUUUCACUGAGGAACACGUUUCAUUUUUACACUUCUUGACAAAUGUCUGUGCCAUAAUUGGAGGUGUUUUCACAGUUUCAGGGAUAUUAGAUUCCUUCAUAUAUCACGGACAAAGGGCAAUCAAGAAGAAAAUGGAAAUUGGCAAGUUUAGCUGAGAGAUUGCCCGCCUGGUAUGUACCAACUGCUACUUUGUUUUAGUGGGUUCCCCAGCAAAAAUGGUUUCUGGAAAGAAUCAAUGUCGCAGGAGAACUGAGAAAACGGGCUCUCCAUGGUGGGGGGUGGGGGGUUGGUGGGCUGCUUUGGACACAUAUUUUGUCAUCUUCUGUUUCAUCAAUGAAUUAGAUAAUUGAUUCUCUUUUUAUUGUUUUACAAUUACUAUGGUGCAGAACUUAUCAUUGAUCUGUUUUUUUAGUAUUCA